GGGGGUAUUUCUCCUCGCAUGUUCAGCGUUAUUGCAGCAUUUGACGAUCAGAAGGCAAGCAGGAAGUAAAGAUGGCGAGUCCUGCGAAAGAUACAUCAGGGAGCGUUGAAAAGGACAGUGCGUCCAGUGGACGUAUCUUGGCAGGUGUCACUCAUAAUGUCACAGAAACAGAUGCCUUUUACGGAGGUUCUAUCUCAAUGGACCCUGCCGAGGAGUACAAGAUGGACCACAAAAAAAGAGGUCUCGUCCUCAUCUUCAAUCAGGAGAACUUCUUUUGGCGUCUUGGGAUGCAUCCAAGGAACGGCACCAACGCGGAUCGAUUCAACUUAGUUAGGAGGUUUGAGGGUAUGAAUUUUGAAGUGAGAGCAUUUGAUAAUCUCAAACUGGAGGAAGUUUGGACCAAGAUAUGUGAAGCUGCUGAGUAUGACCACACGGACUCGGACUGCUUCGUCUGUAUUUUCCUGAGUCAUGGGGAGAACGAUCAUGUCUUCGCUUAUGAUGGCAAGAUCUGCAUUCAGGAUGUAACCGCGCUUUUCAAAGGAAAUAAAUGCCCAAGCCUAGCCGGGAAGCCCAAGAUAUUUAUCUUGCAGGCGUGCCGUGGGGACAAACAUGAUGAUCCAGUUACCCCUAUGGACGUGGUGGACCAUGACACUAAGACCAACGAGGUGGAGGUUGAUGCUGGCGUUGUUUACACUCUGCCCUCGGGGGCAGACUUCCUCAUGUGCUACUCAGUGGCAGAGGGGUAUUACUCCCACCGUGAGACAAUAAAUGGCUCGUGGUACGUCCAGGACUUGUGUGAGGUCCUGAAAGAGCAUGGCCAGGCUCUCGAGUUCACGGAGCUUUUGACACUAGUCAACCGCAAGGUGUCCCGGCGCAGUGUUGGUCGAUGUAAUGAUCCCUCUGCCAUCGGAAAGAAGCAGGUGCCCUGUUUUGCCUCCAUGCUCACCAAGAAGCUCUACUUCAGGCCCAAGAAUAAUUAGUGUUUUGGUUUCGGCCAGCUGUAACACACAGAGGGUUUGUGAUCCUUCCUCAGGGUUUUGUUGCUGCGCAUGUUUCUGAUCACGGCAUAUGUUUUGUCAUGACUAUCAGUAGAAGAUAAUCAAACAAAAUGGUGCAUACUGUUGUGACAAACUAAAAAAAGACAUUCAUCUUUACAAAGUUCGAAAAGCCUGUGCUAACCAAAUUUCAAACAUUGAUUUUAAGAUUUUUCCUUAUAUCCCUGUAAGGGAACAUUUACAUAGACUUACUUAAUACUUCAUGGGAAGUUUGCCGGAUUCAUCUAAAUGAAAAUGAAAGUAUUGCUUUGUACCUCAACAUUCCAGCACACAGUAUACUGCUGAGUGUAGAAGAAUGCAAGGCAACCAAGUCAUGGUUGCAGUAGGGGCAUAUACCAAAUGAUUCACAACCUCAUAUUUUGGAGACGCUACAUUUUCAAAAGGGUAGUAACUAUUAGCUCCUCAGACACCGAAUAAAUUGUGGUUAACAUAGAGAGACGGAUCUGAUGCAAGUGCUAUCUUGUUGGAAAGAAGGCAUCAUCAAGUGAAUAACCUUAACCUCAAGAAUUCUGAAGAACAAACAUAAACCUGAAUUACCAGAUUGUUUUUGAAUGUUAUGACCUUUAAAUCAUGCCUUAGCUUCUGUACUGAUGGAGACCUCCACUGUGUGCUUUCAAAAAGGGAAUUCAUGUUAGUUGUUGUCACUUCAACUUUGAGGUGUUAAACCCUUUGACCAUAUGAAUUUUCACCAGAGUGUCUUGUGCUCUCUACACUAACAAACUGCUUAAAGGUGAACCAUGCAAGGUUUUUUUUUUAGCUUAAUUUGCCUUAACUGUUCAGCUUCGGAGUGUUUGGAAUGGUUAUUUGACUUAUUUUGGGUUGAAUGAUGGCUGUCUCGUUUCCCCCUAGCACAUGUGAGUGGAAAAACCAUGCUUGAAGGUUUCGCAGCCUCACGACCAUGCUCAUGAAAAGGCAGACUGACAGAUUGAUAUGAGUAGUGUUAAAUACACGCUAAAGCUGUUGGGGAAGCUCUACACAGAAACCUGCAAGCGUAAAACAAGCAAAGCAAAGAAAUCGCCAGAACUGCAUAGUUCACCUUUAAGUAUGGAAAGUACCUCAGGGAUGGGGCGGCUUUAAGCUGUGGGAGGGAGCAUGCUGCCUUUCUCAGAUUCUGCCACCGCAGGGCCUGACAAUAGCCAGACACAAACUCACUUUUGCUGAGUUAUCUAUGUUAGCAUGUCAUUCACUGCUAUCGUGAGUGUGUCAUCUGCUAUCAACUAAGUAGAUUCAGUAGAACAACUAUUUAGAGUAGUAACCAAGUUAAAGUGCAGGGUUAAUGAUUUUAUAUAUGUAGCAAAGUGAUACUGCAACCACAAUUAUACAAGGAAAUGUAGUGAAUUCUGUUUGUGCUGCUGUUAACACAAAUAUACACCGAUGAUGUGCCUUUCGUACACAUGUAUCAACCACUCAGGACCAUGUCAAUAUUGUCCUAUUUUUAAAGCAAAUUCCUAUAGCCUUCUAGAGCAAUAAUUGAGGCCACCAAAACUGGCUGUGAUGGCUUGGCUUGGCUAUAAUGUGUCAUAAGAGCAAUAACUGGUCAGAAGCAUUCUGUUCAUGAAGCGUAGUUCUUAAAAUGGACUGCUCAUCAGAACCACACACACUCAUUCCUCAAGUUAAAUGUCUCUGUACUUGAAAGUUAUGUUUACAGCAGCUAUGUAAUUUCUACAUGAUACGGUUUCUUAUAGUGGUGGGGGUUUGCACUAUCAAUGAGUUUUGAAGACUCCCUUGUAUUUUGUUUCCUGUUUUUAAGUGCAGUUGGGUAAUGUAAUACUUGGUGUAAUUUUAGAUUGACUCUGAUUUUACGAUUUUGAGGUGCAAUAAAAAUUGAGAUUUUACUACUUA